GGCCAAGGCUUUUCGUGGAAAAAAGGUCCAUGGAGAAUAUGACAUAAAGGUUGAACAGGCAGAAUUUUCAGAAAUCAACUUGAUAGCCCAUGCUGAUGGCAAUUACGCAGUAGAUAUCCAAGUAUUUCGAAAUGGGACUAAAGUUGUCAGGUCAUUCAGGCCUGAUUUUGUCCUUGUUCGACAACAUUCGUUCAGUAUGGCAGAAAAUGAAGAUUUCCGUAACUUGAUCAUUGGAAUGCAGUACGCAGGCAUCCCUAGCGUCAACUCUCUGGAAUCAAUCUAUAACUUCUGUGACAAACCAUGGGUGUUUGCCCAGCUGGUAUCUGUCUACAAAACUUUGGGUCCGGAGAAGUUCCCUUUAAUUGAGCAAACGUUCUAUCCAAAUCACAAGGAAAUGCUAACAAUGCCAACAUUCCCUGUUGUUGUGAAGAUUGGACAUGCUCAUUCAGGCAUGGGAAAGAUCAAGGUAGACAACCACUACGAUUUUCAGGACAUAGCCAGCGUGGUAGCACUUACUCAGACCUACGCCACUACUGAACCCUUCAUAGACUCCAAAUAUGACAUCAGGAUCCAAAAGAUAGGCAGUAACUACAAAGCAUACAUGAGAACUUCCAUAUCUGGAAACUGGAAGACAAACACAGGCUCUGCAAUGUUGGAACAAAUUGCUAUGUCAGAUAAGUACAAGCUUUGGGUUGACACCUGUUCUGAAAUAUUUGGUGGUUUGGACAUCUGUGCUGUUAAAGCUGUACAUGGAAAGGAUGGAAAAGAUUAUAUUUUUGAGGUAAGCAAUCCCACUCUUUUCAAUAUAUUCUUUUACAUAUUACAAACACCCAA